CAGUUCUUUGCGAUGAGCAUCACCGCCCUUUGCGUUUAUCCUGGUGCUCAGCAGAGCCCUGGAUCUGCCCCUCCUCGGCCCUUUUCUUCGGCCCUUUUCCUCUCCUGCUUUACAGCAAAUCAAAACUGGCUGGUGCAAGGCGAGGGGAAGAAAAACGAGGUUGUUAUGAGAGGCCAAGGCUGAUAAGAAACCUCCCUUAUUAAAAACACCACUGGAUUGUUUCCCAGGCACAAGGGUGUUGGUGCAGCAGAGGCCGGGUGAGACAGCUCGCCCCGAAACAGCUUUAAGCUCCAUCACCUCUCAGCUUCCCGACCCGCCUGGGCUGUGGGGAUGGCCCUGGGGCAGGUGCUGCUCAUGCUGCUGGCUGCCUGCGUGGUGGUGCCUGCCAAGGACCCAUUGCUGAACAUCUGCAUGGAUGCCAAGCACCACAAAACGAAGCCUGGCCCGGAGGGGAAUCUGCACGACCAGUGUGCUCCCUGGAAGGACAAUGCCUGCUGCACGGCCAACACCAGUUCAGAAGCCCACAAGGACCAGUCCUACCUGUACAAAUUCAACUGGAACCACUGUGGGCGGAUGCCACUCAAGUGCAAGCGCCACUUCAUUCAGGACACGUGCCUGUACGAGUGCUCGCCCAACCUGGGGCCCUGGAUUGACCAGGUUGACAGCAGCUGGCGUCGGGAGAGGAUCCUUCAUGUGCCACUCUGCAAAGAGGACUGUGAGGAGUGGUGGGAGGACUGCAAGGACUAUGUCACAUGCAAAGAGAACUGGCACAAGGGCUGGAACUGGGCAACAGGAACGAACCUCUGUCCUUGGGGCGCCAUGUGCAGACCCUUCAGCCAGGUUUUCCCCCGUCCAAAAGACCUGUGUGAGAAGAUCUGGUCCAACUCCUACAAAUAUACCACGGAGCACCGAGGCAGUGGGCGCUGCAUCCAGAUGUGGUUUGACCCUGCCCAGGGAAACCCCAAUGUGGUUGUGGCAAAGUACUACGCUUGGAAAAAGAGAUCUUCCAGUGCCCGGGUGGAGAGCACAACUCCAGAGACUGACAAAGCCAUCUGUGCUCUGCCAUGGCUUCUCCUGGUCCUGCUGUCUCUGGCCCUUGGGGUGGUCCUUGAAGGAGCUGCGGGCUGUGGAUCCCAGGGUUGAGGUCCCUAUGACUGCUCCCUGAAAGGACAUGGCUUGGUCUACUCCACCUGCCCUCCGGGAGGAGCUGGCUUAGGUAACUUGAUUCCACUCAAAGCGGUCACACAUCCCUGUAAGUGUUUUAUAUGGGUUGUGUUGAUGAACCUUCGUAGCUGCAGUUAUUUCCUUGCCGUCUGAGGUGGGACGAUGCUGAGUGUCUUUGCUCUGAUGGAGGAGCUCCUUUGCAUCUGUUCCCACCUCAUAGCUGUGUGCUGGGUUGGCAGUGCUCGUUCGAGGCCCAACAAAAUCCAGUGUCUGGUCUUUGGGGCUGCGCUGAC